UUCUGUUAGUACUGAUUUCACGUCGACUCCUACUCAAAUAAAUUCAAAUUAUCGUCGUUCUCAAUCUAAUAUUUUAAUUUCAGAUUUUUCAUCAUCUUCCAGAGACAGAAACAUACAUAACUCAUCAAAAAUGAAAAAUGAAUGUCAAAUAUGUUUUGAUUCACACCCUAAAUCUUAUUUUCUUUUAAUCACUGAACGUUGUAAUCAUGAAAUUAAUAUUUGUAAAUUAUGCGUUAGCAAUCAUAUUUCAGCUCAAUUAAGUAGUAAAGGUGAUGUGGAAAUUAAUUGUCCAUCCGAUAAAUGUUAUCAAAAAUUGCAACAUGAUGAUGUAAAAAGACUUGCUAGUACGGAAGUAUUCGAUAGAUAUGAUCUUUUAUCACUUCGCCUUGCUUUAAGCAAAAUGCCAGAAUUUAGAUGGUGUAAAAAUUCCGGAUGUGGUUCCGGUCAGAUUCACUUUGAAGGAGAUGAUGCUCCUAUAAUGACUUGUGAAACUUGUGGUGAAAAAUCCUGUUACACCCAUGAUGUUCCUUGGCAUACAAACUUUACUUGUGAUGAGUAUGAUGUUAACAGAAGAGGUGAUGAUGAGGCUACUCAAGAUUUACUCAAUAGAGAAACCAAACCGUGUCCCAAAUGUGGC